AUGUUACACGGUUGCCUGAUUUCGUUGUUCAUACCAGGGUCCCUGGCCGACCUGAACAUAGUAAGCGCGCUAGCGAAAGUAAUGCGGCCAUUGGACGGACUCCCCACCAACAACAAAGAUUUCAUCCAAUUUGCUGCCGAAAACGGAUACAAAGCUGAGAAACACGAAGUGACAACAGAUGAUGGAUACAUACUGACCGUACACAGAAUACCGCCCGGAAGCAAAUGUACCAAGAAAACUCCAUUGUUGCUAGUUCAUGGCCUUCUUCAAUCGGACGAGUGCUUCUUAGACUCGGGGCCAGAUGCGCCAGGGUUUGUCUUAGCUCAUGAAUGCUAUGAUGUGUGGUUUGGCAAUGUGCGAGGCAAUUACUAUUCCCGGAAACACGUGACUUUGGAUCCUGACCGAGAUUUGGGGUUUUGGAAGUUUUCAGUGGACGAAAUAGGACAGUUAGAUAUCCCCGCCAUGAUCGACUACGUGCUUGAUGCGACGAAUGCAAAAAAGCUAAACUAUAUCGGUUAUUCACAAGGCGGUGGCAGCUUCUUCAUUAUGAACUCCGAGAAACCAGAGUAUGUAGAUAAAAUUAAUCUUUUUAUUGGUUUAGCGCCGGCUACGCGACUAUACUACACUAAAUCGGUACUUGAUAGAUUGGUAGUGAAUGCCAUAAAUUCUUUGCAAGGCCCCCUGGAAGCUUCUGGAAUUUGGGAGGUCACAUCCCGAGGUUUACCUAUUCAAGGAACCCUGGAGGCAUUGUGCCGAGUGCCGUUAUUAACAGACACACUUGGUAAUGUGGCUGUGUCCGCAAUAGAUUCAUCUCAUUUAGGCUCCAUGACUCCAGAAACUUUUCGAAGAAUAUUCGAACACGUCCCAGCCGGAACAUCCAUUCAAAACCUGGCCUGGUACGGACAGGCUAUGAAUGAACUCAAAUUCCUCAAGUUUAACUAUGGUUCCGAGGAGAAUCUGAAAGUUUAUGGGGUAGCUGAACCUCCAGAAUACGACCUUGGAAAGACCACGAUGCCGGUUGUUAUCUUCCAUGGCAAAUCAGACCAUAUAGUGGACACGAGAGACCUAGAUUGGGUCGUCAGUCGGUUGCCGAAUGUGUUGGAGUACGUCACGAUGGCGGAUCCGCUGUGGAAUCAUUUUGACAUGGUCUUCAGCCAAUACUGGAAAAAACAAUUAUUUACUACGAUGGAGACGUAUUUAAAUACUAGCUAUGCCCGCGGCUUCGCCUGCGUGGAAUUCGAUCUGUGUUAG